AUGUACUCGUCGGAAAGGUGGCACGUCGCUUUCUGGGACGAAGUCAUUCUCGUCGACCACCCGCGGCGGGAUUCUCUCCUUGCAUACCUACGGGACGGGGUCAACUUCCAGGAUUUCCUCAUCGACUCCCACCGAGGGCCCUCAGCACAGCAGCCGUACAACGUCGCGAGUUUCCGGCAGGCAGUGUUCCCCAACCGCAUCCCGUCCAAGUUUGUUCCAUUUGUGGAGUCAGAGUUGCAGUCGCUCGUCGCCCGCGGAUGCGUAGCAAAAUGGAGCGAUGUCAAGGGCCCCGCGGGCCCAGUCCGGCCUCGUCUGAUCAUGGCUCUGUCGGUGGAAGAAACAAAACCACGGCUGAUCUAUGACGCACGACCGCUGAACCAAUUUUUCAAGCGUAUGCCUUUUUCCAUGGACACAGUAGCGCGGGUAGCUAACGUGGCGUCGCCAAGGUGUUACAUGACCUCCCUGGACGAUUCGAGCGCUUUCCAUCAUAUCCUUAUUCGGCCGUCUUCCUGGCCCCUUCUCGGCUUCGAGUACGGGGGAGUCGAUUACGUGUGGUGCGUGCUCCCCUUUGGGCUGAGCAUCAGCCCCUUUGUCUACCACACCCUCAGCGAGGCGAAAGCAGCAUUUCUCCGCUCCUUGGGAAUCCCGGCGUUGGCAUACCUGGACGACUCCUUCCUUACCAACCUCGAAGGCACUCAGGGCCAACCAGCUCGGGAGCAGUGGCUGGCGGCGUGUGAAGCCACGCAUAUUUCCGUCUUGGUUUCUUACUUCUGCGGGAACUUCCUAUCGCCGAAGAAGUGCGACUGGCGACCCACCACGGUCCAAAAAUACCUAGGCAUGCUGUGUGACUCCGCAACCGCAACAUUUCGGGUGCCACAGGAUAAGCUGGACGCCGUGCACGACAUCUUGAAAGAAUCCCUAGCCGCGGGCAACAUCUCCUUUCGGACUCUUCAACGGGUGGCCGGAAAAGUCACGAGCAUGACGGUGGCCAUUCGCCCGGCCUCUCUGUAUACCCAGGCGAUGUUCGCCGCAUUGGCAGCUCUGGAGCGAUCCACCCUGCGGUCGGUGGAUCUCACAAAAGACUCGGGCGCAGAUUUGGUGGGAGAAAUGCGUAAGUGGCUGGACAUUACGGCUACCACGCACGAGGGCCCGUGGCAGUUGGCACGACACUUCACGGCGGCCCUCACUAAAGGGGCAUCAGACGCGUCAUCUUUGGCGUGGGGAGGAGUCCUGUACGCCGCAACCGACCCUUUCGAAGCGGGAGGGAUGUUUCCCCCGGAGUGGAUGUCGUCGCACAUCAACCUGAAGGAACUGUAUGCUUUGUACCACGUGCUGCUCCAAUUCUGCCAACGACACCCGGAUUGUCUCCGUCGGGCACAAGUCUUCGUGGAUGUCGACAACCAGUCCGUCGUAGGCGCUUUCAACCGGGGUCGGGCAAAGAACCGCGCUGCGCACAAGUUGCUUAUCCGCCUGUUUGACCUCCAAAUAGAGUAUGACUUUCUGUUGUCCUUGAAGUGGGUCCCUACCGCGGACAACGGUGUGGCGGACGCCAUCUCGAGGCCAUCACGGGAGACCAUCAUCCGACUGGGGCCGGAUGCUUUCCGGCAGCUGUGGCAGGAGCUGGGCCCAUUCAACAUAGACUUGAUGGCUUGCACAGCAUCCGCACAGCAUUCGCCGUCGUCCGGCCGGGCGCUUCCAUUCUUUUCGCGGUACCAUUGUGCCGGGUCUAUGGGCGUGGAUGUCUUUGCACAGAAUGUGGCUGUCUUACCGGGCGGUCACGUACCAGCGUUUGGUUUCUGUUUCCCCCCCCCAGUCAUGGCGGGGCACGUUGUGCAGCACCUGGCCGAAUGUCGCGCGCGCGCGGUAGUGAUCCUUCCGAGCGUUAAGGCCUACUGGUUCCCCCGCGUACGCUCAGCGACAACUCGCUCCACUGAGGUCGCUGGUAUCAAUGAAGGCGGAGUGUUCGUAUGGCCCUCUGCGGAGGGCGUCCUCAAGACUUGGCGAUACCCGCGUUGGGCGAUGAUGGCAUACGAGAUGGAGGCGGCUAUGAGCGGGCGGGCUGGAGAAGUCCGAAAGCACCGCGUGGCCGAUGAAUUUGACCUCUUCUUGCUGUCGUAUUCCGGCGGUGGCAAAGGGUGGGUUCACGCUUCCCCAGAUGAUGUAGUCGAUUGGUUUAGCUAUCUCGACUCCCAGGGCAAGGGGACGAAGUUGGUUCACGAUGCCACGUGUGCGGGAGUGGGGUCGAGCGAUCGCCGGAGCUGCUCCCCGGGCGCGACGUGCAAAAAGCGAUACGGCGCCGAGUCUCUCCGCAAGGGUUUCUACUCUAAGCUAAAGAUGGCGUAUAAGGAACAGCUGGGUAGAGGGGAUGACUGGAACCCCACCGUGGGGUCGGGUAAUCCGUGUGCGAGCCCGACGGUGGACGCGUACCUCACGUUCACCACCGAAGAGCAGAAGCGGGUAGGAGUAACCGCAAAACAGGCAGCACCCCUUCUGGAGGACACCCUCGGAGAGUUGCUGCCGCACAUGCGUCUGAGAGCGCUCGCUUCCGACUCUAUGGCGGAACGCAUAGCCAUCACUCGGGAUGUUGCCCUUUUCUCCCUUGCACACCAUUCUAUGCGUAGGGGGUUUGACCUCUCCUUUACGCUGGGGUCGCAGGUACUCCGGCUGCCGGAGUCGCGGGGGUUCAUUUUCAACUUCCUCUUCGGAAAGACGUUGCGGGCUUCGACCGAAGCCAUUGUCGUGCUUGCUAGCACGAACCGGGACGUAUGUGCCGUCAGAGCAGUGGCGGAGUACAUCCUAGCCGCACAACAGGUAGGGUGGGAUUUGUCAUCGGGCUACCUGUUCCCGUCGGUCCUGGACGAUGGUAGCCGGGGGAACUCGAAGCUGGUGGCGACCCAGAUGACAUCGUCCCUGCAGGCGCACCUCAGAGCGGCCAGCCUUCCCGCCCAUUUUUCCAUGCACUCGUUCCGAGUGGGGGGGUCGUUGAGUCGGUCCAUGGGGGGCUCCGCCAUAGAAGAGAUUAUGCAGAUCGGGGGUUGGAAAACGGAGUCCAUGGCGAAGUACUACGUAGAGCCGUCUUCCAAACGGCAGCGGGCAGCUAAUUAUACGGCCACCAACGAGGAGCCGUUAUCGCCAGCGUUCGAAACCGACUUCGCUGCCUGUGUUCGCCGUAAGCUGGCUUAA